AUGUACGCUCCAGCUCCAUCCAGCACGGGCCGGAUGAGGCAAAGGUCCAGGCCCGAGGGCAACUCGAGUUUGAUUGAACAAAAGUUUGGCGCGUCGCCGGAACGAGAUGGCGCUGAAUGUCCUCGGGAUUGUCGUUCCACGUUGAAAACCGGGCAAGGGGGAGGAGAGAGAUGGGUGUCCCCCGGAGCAAUGACGGAACAAAAAGCAUGGCUGGCCGGGGCGAAGCGGCACCCUCUUGCCGUGUCUGAUUUUGUACGCGACGGCAGAUAUGGUCUUUCCUUCCAGAAAACCUUCCAGGAUGUCAUUAAAGCGAUUGAGGCCGCGCCAGCACGGACCGUAACCCUAGGCGGUUGCCCCCAGUCGCUGGAAUGGCAUACCGAGAUCCAAACCGUGCCACCGUCGACGGACGAAGCCAAGCUGACAGCCACCGGCCCCGCCCCAGAUGCAAGCAGCGACGAUGGACUCCAGAGUAAGCAUGCACUUUAUAUUUAG